CCGCUGCAUUCUAACCUCGACCCUUUCACAUUGGGCAAUACCGCGUUCUUCCAGCAGCUUUUGCGGAUUUCAUUCGACUAGCCGAUGACAUGGCUUCGGCGCAGGUCGUGAACAACUCCACCGGGGAAACGGCUCUUGAGAGUGGUGAAGCGGCGUCUUCUCUCCCCGUUCGUCGGUCCGGCCGCGCACGCAAGAGGCCUUCCGGCCAUGGUGAGGAUUCCGACUACAAAAACGGGAAGGUAGCGGCCUCGCCUGUCUCAUCGGAUUCCCGGCGCAACCCAAAGCGACGGGCGGCCCCGGACGCUUUCAACGUGCCCGAGCACCUGCUCGAGGCAUCUCUAGGACCGUGGAAGGAGAAUGAGCAGUCUGAGUGGCCAAGUUGGGUCGAAUUGGAAUCUGACCCAGCAUUUUUCACGGCUAUAAUGGGUCUGCUUGGCGUCAAGGGAGCAAGAAUAGAGGAAGUGCUCUCGGUCGAUGAAGAUACCCUGGCCACUCUGCCACCUCCAGUACAUGGACUGGUAUUUUUAUACGAGUAUGUCGCCGACCAGAGCCCUGAGGUCACCUACCCGGGCCACGAUGUGUGGUUCGCAAAUCAGACCACACAUAACGCCUGUGCCACCAUUGCCUUGCUCAACAUCAUCAUGAACGCAGAGCGACUGAGUCUUGGUGAGAAGCUCCGCCAUUUCAAGCAGGAAUCCAAGGACCUGUCGCCACCACUUAGGGGAAAUAUGAUCAACAACAGCACCUGGAUACGAGUUGCCCACAACUCUUUCGCUCGACGGUUAGAUCUUCUUGACGCCGCGCUCAGUCUCCAGAACGAGGUCGAUAACAAGGAAAAGAGGGCGAGAUCAUCAGCUGCCAUGCAGCGGCGGAGAAAGAAAAAGCCCAAGAAAGAAAGGGUCAAAGCUGGCAAAUCCGGCGAUACUCCCGCCUAUCACUUCAUCGCCUUUGUGCCAGUCGGACAACAAGUCUGGCAACUCGACGGCCUCUCGUCGGCGCCCGUCUGCAUUGGCAAGUCACUGUCUUCUAUGUCUUUCUCUUCGCCGGCACUAAUCUAACUCUUGUAGCAGGCGAGCACGAAGAGGGCAAACACUGGACCUCAGUGAUGCGCCCCGUCCUCCAGGAGCGCAUGAUGCGGUACGAGACGGAGCGGUUGUCCUUCAGUCUUCUUGCAU